UCCCUAGGCCGCCUCCAAUUCGUAUCAGAUGUGAUGGCGGCCGACAUCAUGAAGACGCGCGACGUGGGAUUGCCUCCAUACAACCGCUACCGAGAGCUGUGCAAGCUGCCUGUGGCCAAGCACUUCCACGACCUCCACCAGUGGAUGCCCAAGGAGCAAGUGGAGGCCAUAACGGCGGCCUACGAGCACAUAGACGACGUGGACCUGAUGGCCGGGCUGCUGGGUGAGAGGGCCAUGCCAGGAGCCGUCAUGGGCCCGACGCUAGCCUGUAUCAUGACGGAACAGCUGCUGAGAUGGCGCAGGUCCGACCGGUUCUGGUACGAGAAUACCGUACACCCUGGCGCUUUUACUGGAGAACAACUGCGCGAGAUCAAGCGCAUCUCCAUGUCGAAAAUCAUGUGCGCGCACGCAGACUCCGUAGAAGCCAUCCAGCCGAACGUGUUCUACCUGCCUGGACGCGGAAACGAGAUAACAGACUGUUCCCACUACGAGCCCUUCAACUUUGCUCCGUGGAAGGACCACGAGUGCGAGCGGGACGGAGAAUACCCUUUCAAGAUACCCCACCAAACGUGGUGGUCGCCUUACUUGCCUUAAGGCACGAACAAGCUUUAAAGCUUGGCCGUUAUGUUAAGUCAGAUUAGUAGGAGGUUUUAGAUUUUAGGAGCUGUAGAGAAAAAAAAUAUUUAGUCUUGCCAAAGAUUGAUAAAAGACCAUAUUUCUGUCUGUAAGUCUCAGUUGAAAUUGCCACAGGAAAUGUAUUUAUAAAUAAUUAAAUGGGAAUUGAUUCAUUGGGAAGGAAACUAUUUUUUGUUUUUAUACAUUAAUAGUCAAAACUAUUAAAAUUAUAAUAGUAACAUAAACUCAAACUAAAAGUAUCAUUCGUUUAUGCACGAUGCUACGGAACCCUUCGUUGCCUUCGUGAAGAAUUUCCGACAGAUAUUUUUAAGAUAUAUGGCAGUAAGCACUACACAGUGAGCCCAAAAAUGGCAGUAAGCACUAAGCAGAACAGAGUGACAAUGCCAAAUUAAAGUAUGUUACUGG